AUGCGACGGCAGGCUCGGAUCUCAGCCGGCGGCGCGCUCGUCGUGCGCACCGCCUCUGCCUUACAAGUUUGGCUGUGGUUGCUGAUAUUCAUAUUCCAGAACGAGUUCCGAAUAUCUAGAUCUAUUCAACCGGGUUAUUUGGACUUUGACAAUUUACCCGAAACGAACUUUACAUGCGAGGGCAAGGUUAUCGGGGGUUACUAUGCUGACCUCGAGACAUCAUGCCAGAUGUUUCACGUGUGUACGGUGGGCCAGCACGAAGAGCCCAUGGACAUUAAGUUCCUUUGCCUCAACGGCACUGUGUUUGAUCAGGAAACAAGAGUGUGUGAGAGAGUAGAUGAAGUAGAUUGUACAAAGUCUGAAAAGUUCUACAGCUUAAAUCUAGAAUUAUAUGGUAGCACAGUGCCACCGAUCAUACAGCCAGACCAACAAAAAAAUCAAACUCAACCAACCGAACAAUCUCAGCAGCAAACCAAACCAAACCAAGAAGCUGAUCCUUCAAUUGGUGAUACUCCAACAACUACUCAAAAUAAAUUUCAAAGCCAUGCAACUGAUCCUACAGAUUCAACUGAAGAUCCUAUUCAGGAAGUAAAAAAUGAUGACCCUAGAAAUUCGUCGCACACGCAACAUUCUCGUCCGCCUUUAACAGCCCCCGAAAAUGAGGAACUUACCGAAGAGUACCAGGACGACGAAUAUGUUGAAUAUGAAGACUAUGCACCACAACAAUCGCCUUCUACGACACAGUCUACAUCUACAACGACAACAACUACUACUACUACAACCACAUUACGCCCUAGAACAACAACAAUUGUACCUUCCACUUCAUCUCAUCUCCUUUCACCAAAUAAAUAUGCGAUAUCUUCACCCUCCCCCAUACCAUCUUCCCUAUCUCCAUCAUCACCAACGUUUCCUCCUUCUCAGCCUUACGUCCAUUCUGGCCCUUCAGAACUUUCAGCGCCAUCCGGUCCUUCAGCCCCAUCAGUUCCCUCUGCACCAUCAUCGCCAACUUUGGAUCCGUCACUUCUUUCACCACAGGAAUUUAUCUACCAACAUCGAGGGCCAGGAUCGGAAGCCAUUUCGUUCUCGCGACCAAAUUAUCGCCCAGCAGAUGGAGUAUAUAUAACACAUGCGCCGCCGUCACCACAGCAGUUUGACCACUUCCCGUACGAGUCGUCAAGAACUGCUCCUCGUCCUGCUGCUCCGCGUCCCACGUCCUUUGUACAACGACCUCAUCCAUUUCGACCAACUACAAUAGAUCCUCGUGAUCAAUUGCUACGUCCAGGACCUACUUCUCAACCCUCCGAAAGAUAUGAAACGUCUGUUAGACAGCAAAAUCGACCUCAAACGCAUUCCCAAUCUUUACCAGCUCAAAGGCCGUUACCUUUUAACCCGUUUUACUAUGAUCGUAAACGAAGCGACGACUCAAGCAAAGAAACUGAAUCUACUCUUUCAGCUCGAUCUGUUGCUCCUCCAAACGUAACAGAAAAACCGAAAAUCAAAUUAAAAAGCCCUCCUAGAGUUAUCGUCACAGCCAGUGCAUCUGUCAGUGACAGCAAUGGAAAACGAUUAAACUAUACGGUCGGUAACGUUGUCAGUGCUGUAAAACCAAUAGUUGCUAUAAAUUAUGACGACUAUAAAGAGUCUGAUUUGAUUUUUGAUCCAUUCUUUCUCGACGUGCCAAAACUUCAAAAACGACGAAAAACUAGGUCUAAUAUAAAUAAAAAUAUAUUUACAGUCCCUUCUACCAUAACGGUAGCAAGCAAAUUGCCGUCACAAGAAAUAACAUCGACAACAUCGCCGGUUACGUCACGAGCUACUACAACACACAGACUUUCUAGUACACCGGCAAUCACAACGACAACAGCUGUUUGGAAUCCGAAUGACUAUGUUGACGAUAACUACGAGCCUCAUGCUUAUAUUCCACCUAUACCACCCUUUGCGGUUUUAGUGCCUCACGAGUUGAAUAAGUAUAAGAAAUACGAAACACAAACUAAAAGCGAUUUAGUCGAGGAUAAGACCCAUAGAGAUUACAAAUCCAAUGUUGACAACGCUGAACAACCUAGGCCGACGUCGACGUCUACAGAGCAGACAACCUCUAGUCAUAGUGCGGGAGCGGGGCAGGCUCCCCCCACUGCCUCGCCACCGCCCCCGCCGCUCCUCGAGGCGCCAACUUGCGCCACGUCGCGCUCUACUGACUGUCGAACUCGUGCCUAA